AUGUACACUGCUUAUAUAAACGCAUCGAGCAACAACAACAACAGCAGUAGCACAUUAAAACAACGCGUGCCUCGUUCAAGAUCCACCGAUCCUAACAUGUUCAACCACAACAACAACAACAACAACACAGCGAACAACAACAUGAUGGGCCUAACAAUUGAAGAAAUAAACAAACUAAACAGGCGGCCUUACUCAGUUGAUUUGUUUCAGCAUAAAAAUAGAUACCCAUAUAUGCAAGAAAAUGGUGAACUACAUCAACAACAACUACAGCAACAACAACAACAACAACAACAUCAUUUUUAUGAGAAGAUCCCACAUUUAAAACCUCAAGCCAUCAACAAUAACAAACCAUCAUCAUCAUUAUCAUCAUCAUCAUCUGAUGAUGAUGAUGGUGAUGACAGGACGGAGGCGUUUACAUGUUCUGAAUAUGAUGUAGUUAGUGCAAGCAACUACACUAGCAACACCAUCGAAAAAAGACUUAGAAACAACAACAACAACAAUGUAGACAACAACAUAAAUAUCAACAACAACAACAACAACAUCAGCAACAGCAAAAACAUCAACAAAAUGAAAGACAAUAAAAAAAUUUCGAGAUGGAUGGAUGGACGUUUGUCUGUUAUACCGGAUGUUGAUGAUGAAGAUGAUGUUAUUUCACAACAACAGUCAAAACAACAACAACAACAGCAACAUCAAAAUCAACAACAACAUCAUGUUUCAUAUCAUCAACAGCAACAACCUCAACGACAACAACAAAACUUGUACAUGAAUUUGAACGAAGCAACAAUGAACAAUGACGACGAUAGCAACUAUCAUCAAGAUUACCAACAACAGUGGCGACCACAGCAGCAAUUACAGCAGCAACCACAGCAGCUACAGCAGCAACCACAGCAGCAUAGCGACGACACACUACAAGAAAGUGCUAUAUCAUUAAAAAAUCACAUCUCGUCAUCUUCGUGGUUGUCACUUGAAUCGUCACUUGCGAACGAUCGAAAGCAACAACAACAACAACUACAGCAGCAGCAGCAACAACAUCAACAACAACAACAACAAAAUCAACAAAAACGUCAACAACAACAACAACAACAACGACGAAACCGAAAUCGGAAUGAUUCUUCGAUUGUAUAG